AUGCAAAACGUUAAAGACGCCGCCAACGCUGUAUCAGAAAAAGUCAAAGAAUUAUCAAGUGGUGCUUCAUAUGAAGCAAACAAGGAAGCUGCUAAAAAUGACAACCUCUCAGCCGGCAGCCGCAUCGGUCAUGGUAUUGAUGCUGUUAAAGACAAAGUCGAAGAAAAAGGUCAUGAAGCUAAGAAAGAAGCUCACAAAGAAGCUGCCGAAGAACGAGGUGUGAUCGGUCAAAUUGGUGAUACCAUCUCUAAUGCGUACAACUAUGUUGCUGAGAAAGUUCAUGAAGCAACAAGUGCUGCAUCGUACGAAGGACACAAAGAACAAGCCAAAGAUUCGGAUAACACUGUUGGUGAACGUAUCGGCGCUGGUAUUUCAGCUGUUGGAGACAAGAUUGAAGAGAAAUCUCACAAAGCUCAAGCUGCCGCGCACAAAGAAGCUAUCUAA